AUGUGUGGUAGGGACAAGCAAGUAUCUCUGAACAUGAACACCGACGCGCCGGCGGCCAUGAGAGAUGAAGAAGCUGACAGCAAAUCCGGCAGUGACAACUCGGAUCAGCAGCCGAAGCGGAAGAGAUAUCAUCGCCACACCGCACAUCAGAUUCAAGAAAUGGAAGCUUUCUUCAAGGAGUGCCCGCAUCCUGAUGACCGGCAGCGGAGAGAACUCGGCCGCGAACUCGGCAUGGACCCCCUACAGGUCAAGUUCUGGUUCCAGAACAAGAGGACUCAGAUGAAGACACAGCACGAGCACCAUGAGAAUACACAACUUCGAGCAGAGAACGAAAAGCUGCGCGCUGAAAACCUGCGAUACCGGGAAGCUCUGAGCAAUGCUGCCUGCCCCAAUUGCGGUGGACCAACCCCCCUUGGGGUUGGGGCUGGGGCUGGGGCUGGGACUGGGGACACCUCUUUUCACGAGCACCAGCUAAGGGUUGAGAAUGCCCGCUUAAGGGAAGAGAUCGACCACAUAUCUGCUAUAGCUACAAAGUACGUUGGGAAGCCCUUUACAAGCUCGGUGGACACGCCGUCAGCCUCUUCAUCAGCAGCUGCCGGUUCGCACCACUUAGCACUGAGCCACCCCGCAGCAGCUAUCAUAAUGGGGGGCAGCAUCGGCAAUGGUAUUGUUUACCAGAACAAGAGCAAGCAACCUGCGGUGAUUGAGCUGGCGGUGGCAGCCAUGGAAGAGCUGGUGAGGAUGGGUCAACUCGGGGAGCCGCUGUGGGUGCCCAGCACAGAUCGCCUCUCCACCGUGUUGAACGAGGAUGAAUAUCUGCGCUCGUGUUCCAGAGUGUUCGGGGCUCGACCCCUUGGAUUCAAGUCUGAGGCGUCGCGUGAGUCCGCUCUUCUUGCCAUGGAUGCGUCCAGCGUUGUCGAGAUCCUCAUGGAUGUGGAGAAGUGGGGUAAUGUGUUCUCAGGUGUGAUUUCCCGAGCGACAAACUUGCAAGUACUUGCCUCAGGGAUCGGUGGAAGCUACAACGAGACUCUACAAGUGAUGAAUGCGGAGUUCCAUGUUCUCUCGCCGCUGGUUCCAACCCGGGAGAGCUACUUUGUGAGGUACUGUAAACAGCACGUGGACGGCACGUGGGCUGUGGUUGAUGUAUCCUUGGACCACUUGCAAACCACGCCUAUGGUCACCUGCCGGAGAAGGCCCUCGGGAUGCAUCAUUCAAGACAUCCCAAACGAGGACCGAGGAUAUUCCAAGGUGAUAUGGGUGGAGCAUGUGGAAGUGCAAGAGAGUAGCGGUAGCGGCGGGGGUAUCCAUAGCAUAUUCAAGCCUCUGGUGGCUGCGGGUCUUGCUUUUGGGGCCAAGCGCUGGCUUGCCAUCCUUGAAGGCCAAUGCCAGCGUCGUCUUGCUGAUUCUGAUGGUACUGAUGCCGAUGCUGAUGCUCAUGGCGGCGAUGAGAGGAGGAGGAGGAGGAGGAGCAUGAUCAGGCUGGGAGACAGAAUGGUGUCCAAGUUCUGCAGAGGGGUGAGCGCUUCGAUCGCGAAUGCAUGGACCACCCUGUCGGGUAACGACGCCGACAACGUCAAGGUGAUGACGCGCAAGAACGUGGACGACCUCACCAUGCCCCUGGGGAUCCAGCUCAGCAUCGCCACCUCCUUCUGGCUGCCUGCGUCCCCCAGGACCGUCUUUGAUUUCCUCCGCGACCACGCCAACCGCAAGGAGUGGGACAUGCUUUGGAAUGGCGCCGAGGUUGAAGAGGUGGUGCAGGUUUUGAGUGGCAACGAUGCCUGCAACAAUGUCUCAAUCUGUCAGCUGAAGGGUGCGAAUGAAAGCGGCAAGUCGUCGUCGUCGUCGACACUGAUGAUGGUGCAAGAAAGUCGGAGCAACCCAACGGCGUCGUAUGUUGUGUAUGCACCCAUCGACAUGGCUUCGGUGAAGGCCGUUACAAGCGGCACCGGAGACCCCAGCUACGUGCCCUUGCUCCCUUCCGGCUUCGCCAUUCUUCCCGAUGGCCCCACCCACACCGCUGCCGCUGCAAUGCCAUCCUCCUCCUCUCUCGCUGAUUCUGGAGGAACCCUUCUCACUGUCGCACUUCAGGUUUUGGUGGAUCCAAGUCCUGAUGCAAAGCUGUCCCUGGGAUCAGUUGCUAUAGCCAACAACCUUCUCAACUGCACCAUUGACAAGAUUAGAAACAUGCUGGCCCCCCAAAUAUCUUCUCCAUGA